UCCAAAUGUGGAAAGCAAGUGUGGUGAGAAAAGUUGCUCACUCACUCACGGCGUGAGAGAAACACUCACACAGCGAUAGCAGCAGCUACUUUCUCGUGGUGGGCUUUCCGUACCUUUUCAGUGUCAGUUCUUUUAGUCGCGCAGAUGCAUCGAGUGUGUUGCUUAAAGAUUCGUUCGGUUACCCCCGAAAAGGUGUUCCAAUUUAGAGGAAUUGUACAAAAAACUCGUGUUCAUACAGAUGGAGAAGAAGUAAUACACUAAGUGCAAACCAUGGACAGCCAUAGAAGGGCACAUCGAAAACAGCUUCGUCACGUACGGCGGAAUGAAACUGGGCAGUGACGGUCGUUCCACAGCUACAUAACUAGCCCCGAUAUAUUGUGUGGUUCCUUUCUAGCUUCGGUUUUUUUUUUGUGAAGUUUGCCAAGCAAAUUUGGCACGGAAUUGAACGUAGUGUGCAGCGCACAUGGUGCAGCAAUUAGUGUCGGUCGGGUGAAUUGCUUCAAUUGAACAUUUACUUCCUUAAGCAAUCGGGUUUUAUCGAUCGUCUCGCAGAUAGGAACGCACAGGUUGUACGAACUCGGUCCACAGAGGCUUUACAGUUCCAAAAACUAUUACAACAAAACGGUUGUUCUCGGUGGUAUAAAUUCCUAUCCACGGAAAACGUCAGAUAGCGGGGAAAAUGUGUGAAAAACAUCUUCACCCAUCAACACCCACUGAAAAUGUCAAAUUUUAAAAGCAACUCAGAGCAGUGGAAAAUGUACUGUCCUACCACGAAGUGCGUAUUUCCGAGGAUUUACGGACGCCUGUGGGUUUUUGUUGCGCCGUAAUACACAGAAGUUCAUCGCAUACCAUUGACGGGCGUCUCCAUCUAGCGGAGCAACGUGGUCACUUUCAGCCAUCGUAGUAGCCCUGCUGUGCAUUCAGAACUUCACAUCAGUCCAUUGUACACGGGUGGUUGGGUGUGCGCGUGUGUAUUAGUGAUAAACAGAACACUUUCGCUCUUUCGCUUUUGUUCUCUCCCAAAAAUUUCCCGAAGCGCUUUACUAACAAAAAAAGCAGAAGAAGCAUUCUACACCAAGCGGUGUGUUGUCAAAUUUGGUGUGUAUGUGUGUGUGAGUGAGUGUGGUUGAAGUCUUUUGUGUUUUUCACUGCCUCGCGCCUUGCGUUCGAUGCGAUAAUACUGCGGAAUAGUAGAUAGUGACGAAGAACGAGUGCUACUUCGAUCGUUUAAUUGUGGUAUUACAAUACGAUUCCUUUAUCUGUGAUGUACCCCCAUUACGAUAAAUGUAAUGUGUGAAGCAAGUGAAACAAAGGUGAUGAUGCUACGAGACGGAAGUGUAUCAAACCAGUGUGACAAGUGAAGUGGCACCACCAUAAGAUGGGUUGAUAGCGAAGUGCACAAUACAGAAAACACAUACACUCCGUCCAGUUCGCAAGUUGUGCUUUAAUGCUCCUUUUGUCGUGCUGUUCGAAAGAAUGAUAUCCAUGUGUGCGUGCGGCUAAAAUGGUCUGGUUUGGCCAGCCCGUAAUGCAUGGAAACCGCCACUUACUAUGAGUUCGUGGACGGUGCAAAGGAACGGAUGUCAUGCAAGAGAGAGAAAGAAGAAAAAAGAAAGAAAACGAAAUUCUUGUGUACGUGUGUGUGUGCGUGCGCGUAUGUGCGUUCUUGCAAAGUGUUUCCGGUACAACGAACGGCGACCCAUCCUUCCCCAUCGCUCCCCGUUUGCCGUGGGUGCCAAAAUCGGGGCCAACCGUCAAGGUGCAAACAGGGAAGAAAUCAGCUUUACGAGGUUGUUUUUCUUUUAUCGGCAAUAAAUCGGUUGUGCUGUGGUGCUGAGCGAUGAUGAGCUAUCCUGGUGCGUUAGGUGUCCAUUCCAUCUGCGAACCGAUAAGCGGUGCGACGUAGAGGUAGUCCGACACCAUCCGAUUGUUGCAUCGCACAUUGCACAUUCGCAUCGCGUGCCGAACCUUCAUCUUCAUCCAAACGGAUCAGUUGAUCAUUUUCAUCAGCAUCAUCAUCAUCAGCAUCGCCAUCGUACGUUCCAUACCGUCGCCUGGUGGGAAAAUUUUUGGGACGAGACGCUACCCCGAACCGAGCCAGUCGUAUACGUAACGAAGCGAAGGCGUUCCCAAGCAACGAUUAUGAAUGCUCCCAUUGCGUUGCGGCACGUUCGGCAGUUUCUAGUGGUCUAGUGGUCGACCGACACGACGUCCAAGAAACCAUCAACUGACCUAGACGACGUGUAUAUGUAUAUACAUUCCGUGUGUGACUGUGUGUGUGUGUCUUUGAGUGUAGCGCAAAUUCCACUGCCCGUGGCCAUCUCCUGCUGGAUGGUGUAGCAUGGAAUUUACGAGCGUCAUGAUUUAUGAUGGUGCUCCACUACUAAGGACCAAUCGUCAUAUCCACGCAACAACCGCACGGUGCCACACCACCACAACCACCCCAAACCGCCAGUGCCAAGUGCUCGUCCCGCACCGAGGUCUUCCAUACCAACUGCGGAUCGCCCCAGUACGGCCGGUCACCUCUUGACAUGAGUUUUCUCUUCAGCUCGAUUAAGAACCUCACCGUCGGCGGUACGGGGCUCGGCGGUUCCUCCUCCUCAGCUGCCGGCAGUGCUACCAACGCCGCGACAACCACCCCAACCGCAUCCGGCACUGGCCCGAUCGUCAGCUGCUAUCAAGAAUCGGAAGAAAUGCGGUUCAAUGCUUUAUCACCGCCACCACCUCCUCCUCCACCACCACCGUCAGCUUCCAGUUCUGACUAUAAUAUCAGCAAAAAGAUGGGCGUACCGGAUACGCAGUCCGACUUCAACCAGUGGCUGCAUGCGAUGAAGAUGGUGGCCCGCCUACCCGGCGGGAUGCCUUCGGAAUUCCGGCGAAAGCUCUGGAUGGCGUUAGCCGAUCGCUACCUAAAGACGAGAUCCCUCAACUGGGAGGAAGAGUCGGCCAAAUGUCUUAGCGAACAGUCGGACGAAGAUGACGAGGAGUUGGGCAUACAGAUCGUGAAGGAUCUUCACAGGACUGGUUCGAGCCUUUGUUCCGGUCCGUCCGGGACGAUCAAUCAGGGCAAGCUGAAGCGCGUACUGCUUGGGUACUCGCGGUUUAAUCCGGAGGUGGGCUACUGUCAGGGUUUCAACAUGCUCGGUGCCCUGAUCCUGCAGGUCAUGGACAAAAGUGAAUCGGACUCGAUCAAGGUGAUGAUACUGCUGAUCGAAGGUUUGCUACCGGCCGGCUACUUCUGUGGAUCGCUCGGUGGCUUACAAGCCGAUAUGGCUGUGUUUCGUGAUCUGCUCGGUACGCGCCUACCGAAGCUGGCCCGCCAUCUCCAGAAGCUGCAGGGACCGGAGGGAGCUUUUGAGCCACCGCUGACGAAUGUGUUCACGAUGCAAUGGUUUCUGACGCUGUUCUGCACCUGUUUGCCAAUACCGCUGGUGCUGCGUGUUUGGGAUCUCAUACUGAUCGAAGGAAGUGAUGUGCUACUUCGCACCGCGCUAGCUAUUUGGGGAAUUUUAGAAAGUAAAAUUCUUGCCACAAAAACGGCCGAUGACUUCUACUGCAAAAUGGGUGCCCUUUCGUCGGAGCUUGUCAGCGGAAGUCUGGUAGAUUCGAAUGCUCUGAUACAGCGAGUGGUUGACAUUGGACCAAUAGCAGAUCUGCAGAAGAUGCGGGAAAAACACCUGAACAGUAUUACACAGCUAAAGGACACCUCCAACCUUAAGAUUUUCUACUCGGACGACGAGGGCGAAUCGGACGAAGACUCGCGACUAGCGGUAACGGCAACCGCCUGGGGUUUACGGUCCGGUCGACGGGCAUCCUUAGGCAUCCCACCCAACUUUGCACGCGCCGAGGGCAAGGAAAAGAUGAACCUGGACAUCUCCCUGCUAAAGAAACAGUACGACAAACUGCGCGAACGGCAGCGACAGGCACAUAUCAUCCUGACGGCGGCCGUCGCCCGGCAACCCGCGAACCCAUCCCCCAACAGUGGUACGCUUCAGGUGAACCAGCUGCUCGUCGGCAAGAAUGCUCUGCUCAGUGCCAAAGGCAAACGGCUCGGACCACCGCCAGGUGCCGUACCGCCGGUUAGGUCGGCGAAAUCCUCCAAACAAUCGAGCAAACAGUCCGGCGGUCCCAAAUCUCCCAAACCGGUUGAAACGCUACACUGGAAGGAUAUGGACGAGACGAAGCAACGUCGCAACAGUCUCAAGUGGAAGGAUCUGCCGAAAGAUGCGGUAAAAAAGGAACAGCAACAAUCGCAACAGCGUGUCGAUGGUUCCAAAGCGGAUGGUUCGCCAAAGCUUAAAAAAUCUGCCAGUGCAUCGUCGGCCAUAAGCAAUCUUUCGGAAACGGGUAGCAGCGGAGGUGAUGGAUCGUCCGGUACGCGCCCGGGUGCGCUAAAACGGCGCAGCGAAUCAUCGUCUUACAGUGAAGAAUCGGACGCAGAAUCCAGCACCAGCACGUCCCUGUGCGAUGACGACAAUCAACCGCUUAGCGCUUCCUCACUGGAAGCGUCACCGAUGAAGCGACGAAUAACGCCGGAAUCUAUCAUCCGGGAAGUGCCUGACGAGGACAAACUGGUUGUGAUCGUACCGAGCGAUAGUGAGCUAACCGACAUCAAGGAGGAACCUUCGUCGUACGGAGACGACGAUGAAGGCGAGCUUAGUAAAACGUCCGAGCUGGAUCUGCAGAUAGUUAGCGAAUUGUUAAGUCCUGCGUCGGACGGAGCGCUGGAGCAGGCACCAAAACUCUCGCCCAUUGUUCCGCUACCAUCUGAGCUGGAGGAUAAGUCUCUUUCGAUCGCCAUUACGAGCACUAGCCAACUGUCGCCCAUUCCCGACAUCAGCAAGUACGUCAGCAUGUCCACGAUCAGCCCACUCAAGACGCCAUCUUCGCUGAUGGAUUACUCGGACUAUCUGGCAAACAUACCGAGCGACAAUACUGUCACUGUGGAGGCCACCAAAAGUUCCACACCUAUGGUGGAGGUGGCACGCAUUGAACCUGAACCGGAAUCGUUCAAAGUCAGCGACGAGGGCGUCACGAAUGAGCUGUUCGAACGUAUUAAUGCAGCCGAACGGCCCAGCAAGCUCGAUCUGAAUGUUAUCAAGGAGCGACGGGUAAGUGAAUCGCUCGUAACCACCGCCGAGAGUGUUCUGGAUCGUAGCGAUGCAACCUCGAAGCUGGACAACUAUAGCUUUACUAACGUCUCGAACCGAUCGUCGAUGUCGUCAUCGUUUGUACUAGAGUUGCCGAUAAAGAGCACCCUGCAACAUGACAGCCCACUGCUACCGCCCAGCGUAGACCUUGCUUCGGUAGUUGACCGGGAAUCGACUAAACAGCCAAAGUAUCAAAUUGCCGACGCACUCAGUACUCCCACGCCACAGGAAGAAGCACGCGAAAGCCCCGAAGAUAUUGAACGGUAUCUAGCCAAUCGGGUUAAAUUCCUGAAGGAGAAAUCAUUCUCCAUGGAUGAUCCGAUCAAGGGUGAGGAUCUGCCGCCGGAGGAUAUCUCGAAACGAUCCGCAUCGGAGGGGCUGGUGACGGUCGAUACGAACCCACUCAAGAGUGAUAAAAUGUUGGAGAUUAUCAAAGAAAAUUCCCUCAUUUUGGGUAGAAUAGUGCGCAAAACGCGCGAACAGGACGAACAGCGGACGGAUCAGUUGAUCAAACAGGACGAAACAGAAAUGCUCAUCAAAACGAUCGAACAGCUUCCGAGUCUGCAGCUGGACGAAGAAUCGCUCGAUCUUAAAAUUUCCCACACCGUCAAUGAGAUGUUGGAAAAGUCCGAAGUAGAUAAACCCGUUCUUUCUCCCUUUCGGUUGAAGUUUGAAAGUGAUCUAACCGUUCCCGAAGUGGAUCCACCCGCUGGGGAAAGUAUCAAAUCCAAAACGGACCUGCUUAUACAACGCACCGAAGAGCAGCUGGCACGAUUUGCACCUCCAGAGCCAACGUACUACGUUCGCAAGGAUAACUUCCGUGAGAUCAUAACACCGGAAGAGGAGAAAGUCAUCGAAACUGCUCGGGAUCCGGUGAAGGAACCUUCACCUACGGUUCCACCGCCUCCAGCAGUAGUGAGCGUGAAGGACCCGGAACCCGAAUGUCCCGUGCCGCAACCAAUAAAUCUAAGCUUUAACGCCAUCGACACGAGGGCGGUAUCAUCCAAAACGGAGGAAUUGAUCAAGAAAACUGAGGAACAACUAGCGCGGUUUCGAACGCACGACAAAAAGAUGAUAGACAAGUUGGAGAAGCGACUGUCGCUGAUCGAUAUGAAACUGGGUGAAACAACAACGUUAGGUACCACCCCACUGUCCACGGUAGCAUCAAGCAAAACCGAGGAAGUGUUGAAAAAGUCGGAAGAGCAAAUUUCGCGCCUGCUGGCACGCAAGUCACCGACGCGCUUUAAGCUCGACACCGAUCAUACCGAUCUGAAACCGCUCAGCCUGAAAACGGAAGAGAUAAUCAAAAAGACGGACGAACAGCUGGCCCGCUUUAAAGCGUCCGCCGAAAGUACGGCGGAAAAGCGGAAAAGUCGUCACGAAAUCAACGAGCUGCUGAAGCCGGAAAACAGCACCGAAAGGUUGCUUAGUCGAUCGUGCGAAUCGAUCCGUAGCGAAGACUUCUCGGGCCGUGAUCCCGAGGAGGCGGUAAUUAUAAGGCACGUAAAGGAGGAAAUAUUGCGCACGAUCAAGAUACCGGACGAGGUGAAAAGUUCCAAAACGGACGAAAUCAUCAAAAGCAUCGAGGAUGGAAAGAUAAAGCUGGGUGAUGACUAUAUCACGACCAUCAAGACAAUCGACUACUUGAAGCGCUCGAACGCGAACAUGCUCGCAACGCUUUCGUCGAUCGAGAAUUCGAUCAAAACGAUCGACGGGUACUGUGACUACGAGUCGGACAUACAGUCCGACCGUAUUAACGAUACGAUAGACAAUUUGGAGAAAUCUCUCAAACAGUUCGAUAACCAUGCGGACGGGCCGUGCAUUGCCGGAGGAACGAGCCCAACCCGACAGUCGGGAAACUGUACGACGGAACCGCCGCUUGUAAUGGUACACGAUUACUCCACGACGCAUCAUGAAUCUCGCUGUCGUCCGACAUCGUGCAACAGACCGAGCCGUCCGCGCAAACGUAAGGAAUACUCACCCCGCCGGCGAAAGGACAAAGAGCGCGAAGGUGACAAGAGUGCCAGCAAUCGAUCCCGCAAAGACCACAGCAGCGAUUACUCUUCCGACAAUCAGUCGCUCGAUCGUGAAUCACCCAAAACGUACACGUACGCUUCAUACUACAGCCAUUCACCCCCGAUAACACCGCGGCUUGCAUCACCGUCGCGUAAGCUGCCGGAACCGAACGUACGACCUACCACGCUCAAAAGUACCUCGCACGAUCGGUACACGCUGCAUCUACAGCGAGACACUGGACCGUUGGUCAAGUUCGACAAAUCACCCUCGUCACCGAUCAUCACCAAAGCUUACCUGGAAUCGUUAAAGCCGGCCACACCGGUUGCAUCCGGGCGGACAACACGGUCGGCCGAGAACUCACCACCGUACCAUCCGAACCAACCGCCCGCCCUAUCACCGACGACUUCGGUUAACAUCGGUCGGUACACGGGUACGCUGCGCAGUUCCACCUACCACGAUACGGAACACUCGCACAUCAAGAGCUGCGAAAACAUUAUGAUGCGCUUCGAUUACGAGAAAAUAUCCGCCAUUGCGGCCAGCUUCCCGAUCAGCAGUGCGCUCUCACCAUCACCCACCAAGUACAGCAGUUUGGACUUUAAGCAGGACAGUGCACUAAACCUGGGCCUGGCAACGUCACCGAACAAAAAGUCCCUACACUAACGCUAAGCCUCGGAUCGGUUCUCUCACGUACGGGGAAUGGUUCCUUCCGCAUGAGACAAAAAAAAACAAAGAAGGAACACCCUGUUACGCGCAUCCCCGCAUUUCGCACAUUCCCAACAAACCCGGUACUCUCAUAUAUGACCCACAAUUUCUGUGAUAACUCAUUGUAUAGCAAACGACGGUACGAUUUCCAUUACGCAGCGUGCACGAACUUAGGAACCGUAAUAUAACCCCUAGCCAAUAGAACCGUUCAAUUCACCCAUUUCCCCCCAAAAAACGCACCUUAGGUACCGGAGUCAACGAAAGGAACUAAACGUAAUAGUUAGUGAUAACCCCGCUAGGUCGAUAUGCCAUUGGAUCCUUACUUACAUAUGUAUAUCCUCUCAAUAUUGCUGGACGCCCGGAUGAAGUAGUUGCGCAAGUUGACGACUAGCGCUUCUCCCUAAUCUUUUUGUUCUCAAUAUCUUCAGCUACCAAUUUAUGAUAAAAUAAGGAAACUGGAAUUUAAACAAACCAAAAUGGCUAACAAUGCACCAUCAAAUUCCGCUACAGCAACUCUACUACUUUCGACUAUCUACAUUAGAUAAGAAUGGUUGGUGUGUUGUAGAACACACGGUACCCUUAUUACCACGAUAUAAAAGAGUACAUGUGGGGAGUGGAAAGAGACGUGUGGACUGUUCCGAGUGAUACAUACAGGUACUUUAGGGACAAAGAUUGGUGCGUGCAGCUCAGCAACAGAAGUUUGUUAGAAAACAACAAAAAAACAUAACCAACCCCACUACCAACGCUGCAAACUGGAUGGUGGCCAAUGUAUGUAGCGUGGUUUUUAGUAGUCUAAUUACUGUAAACAAAAAGUAAUCAAAACGAAGUUAAAAAAACACAAAACGUAACAUGCGUCAGUAUAUAUGCGUUACACUUUCAUUUUCACCUUCAAUAAGCGUUCGUUGGUUGUUACUCAUACGCGUUCACUAAACAACCGUUUUACAAUUAUACCCUCCACCCCAUUUUUCCCUACACCCUGGACCCUCUUUCUCUCUCUCUAUCUCUCUAUCUUAGCGCAUCAUGUUCGAUUACACAAAACAAACAUAUAACAACCAGGUCCAAAAAGGCAUAUUGUUACCAAUCGUUCAAGCGCUCCGAACGAAUGGGGUACGUUUCAUGAUCCCGAAUUCGGUUAUUUAGGCUCAAAUGUUGAUAUCGCCAUCACACCGCCACCGUUAAUUGUAUUAUAUUCGAUUUAUUGUAAAGUUAUCGGGUUAAAUUUGAUAUUUACCUAAAGGCAAAAGAGCAAAAAAUCGUGGGCUUGUGUUACGGGCGCAACAAAAAAAAAACGCCGUUACACAACAGCAGCGGCACAGGUUUACGCGAACCGAACCAUAGCUAAGAUUGAUAAUUGAACGAAGCCACGUUCUGCUGACGUUCCGGGUGUGUAGCUGUAACGGAACGCAAAGUGUUGAUGAGGAGGAGGCCACCACAACAUACCAUUCAUUGACGGAGAACGUACCACUAGAGAAAAAUAUACACAGAAAUGACGAAGUAA